AUGGCAUACUGGCUCAUCUACCUUGUGACGAUAUUGUCCCACUUUGUUGUUGCACUGUUCCAUGAUGAUGGCCUCGUUCCCCAAGCGAGAACAUUUAAGAGCCUUGAAGAUUUGAAAGACUCGACAUUUUGGCGUAACUUCGUUAUGACACGAAAUCCUAUUAUUGCCAAUACGACUGCUUUGUAUAUUGAAGAUACAAAUUCGGUUUUCAUUUUUGAUGAAAGAGUGGAGCCAGCAAAAUGGAAAGUUUGGCUUGGCUGGAAGCCUGAUGUUAGGUUGACAGAAGUAAGUUUGGGGGCUAAAAGUGAUGAUAUCUCGAUUGAUCAUUUCCCUCUUGUUACAGUUUCAGCUGAGCACAACAGUGACUCUGGCUCCGUGGAGAGAGAGUUAACCGAUGGGUUUGGAAUCGCUGUGUCUGUCAAUCUGAGAAUGUCGAGCAAACUUUUGACUGUCGGUCUCAAAACAGGGUUAAGUUCUGUCUAUGGUGUUGAUGUCACCUUGACCGAGGCGAUAAUUUGUACUGCUUCAAAGGGCGGAAAAGUGCAAAUGCAAGUGAGUACCAAAGUAAGUUAUUUUCCUCUAGCAAAGAGCCGAAGAGUUGACUAUGUGGAGAGGGGUAAAAUAUUCAAUUUUGGCAGCUGGGAAAGCGUGUCAUCAAGGAUUGAUAACGAGGAGUACGAGGGUGCUAUGUUCUACUCGCCCAGAGUUUUAUCGCAACAACGCUGUGUAACUAAUGAAAGCUACUUUGAAAAUAUAGGAAAUAGACGAUGGUUGCUGAGACUGCCUUCUUCAAAGGCUAAAGGAUCAGAGGAGACGCUGGAUCAAUCGGAAUGUAUAGACCUGACAAAUGUAUAA